AUGAAGCAUGAAUGGACUUUUGGCUGCGCACUCGCAUUACAACUACUCACGCAGUUGGUCAAGUGCGAGCCGAGCACAGACGGAGCAGAAAUGAAGGACUAUAGUGUGCUGAAUAUCCUGCAGGAUGUGCGACAACAGCAUCACUAUGACCAGCUGGUGUUUGCUCACAAUCGCAAUGCAACUUUAGUAUCGGCAUUCGUGGCACAAACACAGACCGAGCUGGAGGAGCCAGAGGAAAUAGUAGACUACGAGAACUUUCGUCUGACCGCUAAUGAGGAUUACGAGGCGCAGUUUAUACGCAAAGUGAUGUCGGAGCUCGCAAUGCCGAUUAUACACUUGAACGAGUUGAGCGCCUUUCAGUUGAAGCAACACUUUAGAGUGCAGCUCUUAUUGGUGGUGUAUUUGGAAGAGUCACUGGAGGCGCAGUCAGCGCUAUUCAAGACGUUAGCGACAAGUUUGAAGCAUAGAACACUCUCGAAUACUUUAUUUUUAGUAAACAACGACAACACCACGGCGGCCUGUGAUGAGCUUUAUCUGGAGCAACUUUUUCAAUUUUGUUGGCAAAGCAAAAUGAUAAAUGUGGCAGCAUUGUGCGCUGACUAUAAGGUAUAAUGUAGCUUUCAGCAUAUUUUAUAGAUUUAAUUGCAAAAUAUUUUCUGCAAACUUGCAGCACACAAAGCAAUUCUACAGUUACACACACUUUCCAGUGUUUGCCUUGGAGUACAAACCCUUGAACGCCAUACAACUAAAAGACGAGUCCAUGUUUCCGGACCGCCUUCGCAACUUACACGAGUUCAAGGUACCCUAUAUAAUAGGUGGCUCUAUUCCACGCAUUAUUACCUACGAAUACAAUGGCGAACGCAUUUUGGGCGGUUCCGUUGGUCAUUUCUUCGUCACAUUUGCAGCUAAACACAAUUUUAAAAUCUACGAACCGCCAAAUAUGAAAUCCACGCCCUCGCAACAGUUAGUUCAGGCAGUGCGCAAUAAUACCGCUGAAAUUUCGAUCGGUCUUGCGUAUCCGAAUAUACCCCUUGAUGGUUUUUCUUACCCAUACGAGCAGGUUAAUUGGUGCGUUUGGUCGCCGGUGGAAGCGGAUAUACCGAAUUAUGACUUCUUUUGGAUCGUCUUCGAGGGUAUGACCUUCGCGCUGGCACUCGGUGUCAUAAUGCUCAUUUCCGUUGUGUUGAGUUGCGCGCUCUGGCAGCAUGGCAAGAAACCGGACUUGCUGCGCUUUUUCAUACAUGAAGCUUGUCUGCGCGGCGUUUUGGGUCAGUCAUUUCGGGAGCUCAGUCGCGCACCGUUCGUCAUACGUUUCAUUUACUUGCAAAUAUGUAUACUUGGUAUAUUGUUGACUACAUCGUAUAAUGCCUACUUUGCCACGUAUUGGACGAGUGCUCCGAAGGUGGCACCACUCCGCAAUAUCGAUGACAUACUGUAUUCGAAUAAGAAGAUAUUCGUUUUUGCGCCCGAAUAUAUAGAGUUGAUUGCACGUGCGGCAGACUUGCGAAAGUAUAUUCCGAUGUUUUAUGUUGAAAAAGAUUAUAAAACUUUCCUAUCGACACGUGACAAUUUCAAUACAAAAUACUUGUAUAUGGUACCAACGACUAAUUGGCGAAUUUACAAUGAACAGCAGAAAGUUUUUACCACACCCUUAUUUCGUUUACGCACCGAUAUGUGUUUCUAUAAUAAUGUACCGAUGUGUUUCCCUAUUCACAGUAAUUCGAUAUUUUCGCAAAUCUUACGAGACAUGAUUUUGUAUACGGCUCAGGCGGGUCUAACUGAGUAUUGGAGGCGUAGCGGCUUUCUGGAGUUGCUCAAAGCCGGACGUAUGAGUUUGAAAGACUUGAGUCGUCGAAAUGAGUUCCGCGCCAUGGCAGUGGAGGACAUGAAGUAUAUCUGGAUGGGUUAUGGCAUUGCUUGUGCUAUAAUGAUAACGGUAUUUCUGGCUGAGCUCUGCUACUUUCGACGCAAGCAUGCAAUGGCUUUUUUUGUAGAAAAAAUUUGGCGUCGCAUUUGUGGCAAGACGAAGUUGUAGACAAGCUGAAUAUAAAUUAUAUUAAAUAAAUGUAUUUAUUCCGUGCCUUCGCUUUUCUUUUAUUAUAUAUUUUUGACCUGACCGAAAUAGUGCUUCCUCGAAUUCUUUCCUUUAUCCUUGAUCCAUAUAUCUCUAAAAAUAUUCGCGAACUGUGCAGAGCUUCACAGAUAAGGUUCUGUAUUCACCAA